CCAUAAUUCAGCAAUCUAGUCUAGGAUCACGUUAUGUGUUCCUAAUUUACGUUAUAUUUUGUGUCACACAUCUAUCCAAUCACCUACUGCCACGUCAGCCUCCCACAUGUUAUUUAAACAUUUCGAUAUAAGACAUUUAGUUAACUUUUGCUUGAACGGUUUUGCUGCUACGAUCCACUGAAAUUCAGCUUUGUGUUGCUCAGAUUCGUAAAAAAAAAAAAACAAUUAUCCUAUGGCAUCCUGCUUAUUUGUUGUCAUAGUGGUCUUGCUAAUCUCUUCGGCGCACGCGCAACCGACGUGCGCCACUCAAAAGUUCACGAACAAGGAACAAUACGACCGAUGUGUCGACUUGCCUCAAUUGGGUUGUUAUCUCCACUGGUCGCUUGAUACCGCAAGAAACACGGUGGCAAUUGUGUUUAUCGCCCCACCAGCAACGCCCGACGGGUGGGUUUCAUGGGCGAUCAACCCGACGGGCGAAGGGAUGGUGGGUUCGCAGUCGUUGAUCGCGUAUACAGCCGCUAACGGGUCAAUGGUUGUGAAUACGUAUAAUGUAAGUUCGUAUGGGGGUGUAGUGAAAGGGAAGUUGGAUUUCGAUGUGAUGGAUAUGAAGGCGGAGCAUUCGGAUGGUGUGAUGAGGAUAUUUGCGACGGUCGAGUUGCCGGAAAAUGGGCGGACGAAGGUUAAUCAAGUGUGGCAAGUGGGAGGGGCGGUGACGGAGGAGGGAGUUCCGGUGAGACAUGCUUUUGGACAAGGGAAUUUGGGGUCUAAAGGUAUUUUGGACUUGUUGAGUGGGGAGAUUUCGGGUGGUGGAAGUGGGAAUUCCAAAACAAAGAAGAGGAAUAUUCAUGGGAUUCUGAAUGCGAUGAGUUGGGGUGUUCUUUUUCCGGUGGGGAUAAUGAUCGCUAGAUACCUGAGAACUUUCCCAGCGGCUGAUCCGGCAUGGUUUUACUUACAUGGGUCCUUGCAAGUUUCUGCUUAUGGUAUCGGGGUUGCCGGCUGGGUAACCGGAUUAAAGCUCGGAAGUGAAUCAAAAGGUGUCGAAUACACCGCUCACCGGAAUAUUGGGAUUACUCUCUUUUGUCUUGCAACACUCCAGGUUCUUGCAUUGUUCUUGAGACCAAAAAAGGGGCACAAAAUCAGAUUUUAUUGGAACAUAUACCAUCACGGAACAGGGUUUGCAGUGGCUAUUCUUGGCAUCCUGAAUGUGUUCAAGGGUCUUGAGAUUUUAUCACCUUCAAGCAAGUGGAGAUUAUCCUACAUAAUUAUAAUAUCAUCUUUAGGUAUUAUUGCAAUCAUUUUGGAAGCAUUUACAUGGAUUGUUGUGUUGAAAAGGAAGUCCAACAAGGCUACCAAACCCAAUGGCAAUGGUGAUACUAGGCGACAAUCAUCGGCACCUUAAUAUUUUUUUGGUUCAUUCGUUAAUUUUUGAAACAUGGUCGAUGGUGAUUUGUGUGUUUUUAGGAGUCAUUAGUUUCUUUUGUACAAUAGAUCAUUCUACAUGCGAUAUGGUUUAUUGUUGGUAUGUUGUUAUGCUUUUUAAGUUCCAUUUUUUUCUAAAGUAUAAUUUGUUUUUGUUUA